GCACUCAUUCCCCGACGCACACGCGGUGGUCUGACUCGUUUCGCAGAGAAACGCGGUGCGGGAGAAGAACUGCGACUGGAUGUGAGAAGGAGACACCGCGACUAUCCCUAAAUGUGAUGAAAAUAUAGCAGCUCGUUUUUAAAUCUUCACAGGGAGAAGGGGGAGAAGGAUAAAACAAACAAACAAAAAAAACAACAACAACAACAACUCCUUAACCCUGUUUAUUUCGGAGUGAAUAUCUGAUUUCUUCAAAAAGGUGUCUUCAUCUAAGAUGUUGCCACAUUGCUCCCUUUGGUUAGUGCUGUGUGCAGCCCAGCUGCUCUCUAGCUCCUCUGCUUUGCCCUUUGAACAGAGGGGCUUUUGGGACUUUGCCCUGGACAGUCUGGAGAACGGCGGGAUGAUGUCGAUGGUGAGGGAUCAGGAGGAAGGCUCAGCCACGGAGGAGAUCCUCACUCCCGACGUUCCCAUGUGUCCGUUUGGGUGCCACUGCCAGCUUCGGGUCGUCCAGUGCUCGGACCUCGGUUUGACAGAGGUGCCCAGGAAUAUUCCUCCAGACACCAAGUUUCUGGACUUGCAGAACAACCGUAUCACUGAGCUAAAAGAAAAUGACUUCAAAGGCCUUACUAACUUAUAUGCACUCUCUGUGAGGAAUAACAAGAUUUCCAAAGUCCAUCCCAAAACUUUUGCUCCUUUGAAGCACAUGCAGAAGCUUUACUUUUCAAAGAAUCUGCUGGCCUCCAUCCCCAAAAACCUGCCUGCCUCUCUGGUGGAGCUGAGGAUUCAUGAGAACCGCAUCAAGAAGGUGGCAGCUGGAACCUUCUCAGGACUGGGCAACAUGCACUGCAUAGAAAUGGGAGCAAACCCUAUCCAGAACAGUGGUUUUGAGCCUGGAGCCUUUAAAGGACUGAAAUUAAAUUAUCUGCGUAUAUCAGAGGCCAAGCUAACUGGAGUGCCUAAAGAUCUUCCAGACAGUCUUCAUGAGCUUCAUCUGGACCACAAUCAGAUCCAGGCUGUGGAACUGGAGGACCUGAGCCGCUACAGAAACCUCCACAGAUUGGGUCUUGGCUUUAACCAUAUCCGCAAUAUAGAGAAUGGCAGCCUGUCAUUUUUGCCCAUGCUGAGGGAGCUGCAUCUGGACAACAACCGGCUCACACGUGUUCCCCAAGGCCUUCCAAACAUGAAGUACCUACAGGUGGUGUACCUCCACUCCAACAACAUCAGUCAGGUGGGUGUGGAUGACUUCUGCCCCCGAGGGUUCGGGAUGAAGAGGACGUACUACAAUGGCAUCAGCCUGUUUGAAAACCCUGUGAACUACUGGGAGGUGCAGCCGGCAACAUUCCGCUGUGUGAACGACCGGUUUGCCAUUCAGUUCGGAAAUUACAAAAAAUAAAACCAACGGAAAUACUUGGCAACACAAAGAAUGAGGCCGAAGUGUUGAGGAAAAAACAAAUAGGAGAAACAUAAUUUAAAUAAUGUCUAAAAAAAAAAAGAAAGAAGAAACAACACUUGAGAUGUCACGAAAGAAAUCUGUGUCUGAGAUUAUUGAGUUUAGAAUUGUUACUUUUGUGGUGAAAUCGAGUAAUGGAGGAGAUUGGUAAUAAACGUAUGGAGUAGACAGCAAAGUGAAAUACAUAAUCCCAGAACUUGAAGUAGGUGGAGAGCAGAAUUUGUGCAGAACUGCAACCAGCUUUGCAUAUUCAGCUCGCAGUUUUGAAGCUAUUUUCCAUCUAAGUCAGUGUGAUGAGUGCUGAAACCUUGUGAAACAUUUCAGUGCAUCAAUCUUUACAACAGUUAUUCUUGUGACUGAGGUUCUAUUGUUAUUUUCUUUGGUAAGGAAUAUAAGUAAAACAUUGAUAAGCAGUGCAUUUUUGAAUGUUUUAUACAUACGCACACACACACCCACGCCCACACACGCACACACACACACACACACACACACACAUAUAUAUAUAAAGGUGCUCUAUGUCCUCUGUUUGCUGAUUUGUAAAAAAAAACAAACAACAAAACCAAAGUUUGUCCCCAUUUCAGUUAGUUGGUCAUGAACUCUGUGAUUCUGACAUAUGAAGUUAGAAAGUCAGAGUGGUUUUACUCCAUCUCCAAGACCCAGAGGAAAAAAAAAACCUAAUAAUAAUUAGAAGGGAAAUCCUUUUAAAGCACCUUACUGAAAUAUUUUCUACAGAUUUCUUACUGAGUUCAUUCUGUGCCCUUUUAUUAAAUAUAGUCAGGGUCAAUCCCACACUCAAUAAAUACAUCCGCUUGCUUUAAGACAAUGAAGGUAGUGUGUUCACAAAGUGCAAGAAACAGUAGUAGUGAUAAAGCAUUGUUUUGCACAGAUUUUCUUAUAUGCUUUAUUUGCUUCAGGGUACAGUAUGGAGGAGUUGGGGGGUCGGGGCCGCGGGUGGAGGGCUUGGGGGAGGUGAGCGGUGAGGUAGCAUGUUUACAAUGGUACCCUUAUGUGCAACUACUUUAGCUAUAAGUAUUAUGUCCUGUCUCUAUUCUGUAAUCUGACAACCUACUGCUGCAUGUGAAUAAAGACAUUUUUAGCCUGCUGCAUUCAGCGAGAAGCCCCCCCCAACAAA